AUGGCCGCCUUGUUAAUAGACAAGACCCGGGCCCCGGUGGCCUUCGGACAGAAAGCGGUUCCGCAGCUGUUCGAGGAGCUGCAGCGGCCGGAGGCGGGAAGCAAACUGCGGGCUCUGGGAUCACUCUGCGACUUGAUGCAUGACCCGGAGCGGAUUUACCAAACUGUCAACGGGGGUGAGUCAAACAACAGCCGAUUUGUACUUUGUAACUUUGUGAGGCUGAUGAAACAGCCUCUUUGUCGUUUAACACAUUAAAUAGGCUAAUAACACUGAGUGAUAAAUGCCAUUGUAACAAGACAACAGGAUGAGAUUUUCCUAAAUUACAGUUAAGCAAAUUUGCCUUAACGAGGGUGAGAGAUCUUAAUUUCCAGCAAAACAGUUGACUAAUUUAGUCAGGAUUGUGAAAAGCUGAUUAACAUAUAGGAUUCUUGAAACUGGAAGAAUUCCCCAAAUCAUGCUGUAGCCUUCACGAUGGUGGUUUCUUCCUCUGCAGGUUUUUUGGGACAGUUGAAGGUUUUGUUGGAGGAUGAAGAUCCGUUUGUCAGGACAAAAACCUGCGAACUGCUUCAUGUGCUGACUAGACACAACAUUGGCAGGUAAACAGAAAAACUGAUAGAAAGAGAAGCUGCUUACUGUAGUGGUCAAAGGAAAAAGAUGCAGAAACCCAAAACCCAGACAGCAUAUUAGACAAACACGAGCCACGUCGGAUUAAAUCUUUUUAAACUAAAAUAAGAAAAAGAAUCAAAGGUGAAAAUUCAUUAUGGAAAUUUAAUCAGAAAGAAAACUCUAUGGGAAGCUGGUAAAUAUAAUGCAAAAAGCAAUGACACAAACUAGUACUCAACCAGAUUAACAGAACAUCUCUAUUUUAUAACUCUUUUCAAAUAAAAAAGAGCUUCAUCUUACUAGACACACAGAAGAAUCAAAGAUUCAAAGAUGGGACUGAUUGGAGAGAAACGGAGGAAAACUUAAAACAUUGCUGGACUAUAAAAAAGCUUUCAAUCCAUGCUGUACUCACCAGCAGGGGGUGGUGUUACACAGCAGGUGAACCUGGAGAUGCAGCAUCAGACAGAUGAAGCAGUGAAUUUCUGUCAGUAGUAACAAGUGACACAAUGAUCAUUAUUUAAUAUGUUUAUUUUUAUUUUCUUGUCUGUGUGUUUGGUCUCAUUCUGUAGACAGGCUCUUCUCUCCUCCUCCCUCCUCGCUCCUCUCUCUCAGCUGCUGGAUGACUUCUCGCCCACCUGCAGGAAGAAUGUCCACCGAGUGCUGAAUCAGCUCACUCUGCUGCCUGCAGGUCUGCUAUUUAGGAAGUAUUCAACAGCACAAAGGUUUAAAAUAGUGUAACUCCCCUUUAAUACUCUCAUUUUAGUUUAAUGUGACAGUUUGAUAGUAUCACUCGGCAUAACGUCAGUCUAAUGACUGGUGUGUUUCAGUUUGGACCUAUUUUAAGAGCUUUUUAAUUUAGAAAAAAGUAACAAAAACUGCUGAAACGGAGCAGAAUUGAAAUGGAGCAGCAGUCUGCCUGCUGAUUGAUUCACAUAAAAACAUUGAUCUAAGGUCUGUUGGCAGGCAGUAGAAGACUCACACUGGUAUUGAUGUUUUCUUUCCUGUAAAUUUUGUUUAUUCGGUUGGUUUGUUUGUUUGUUUUUUUUGCAGGUGCUCACACCCUCCUGUCUCUGGUUCCUAAACUGAUGCUAAAGCUCCACCUGCAGGUGGAGGAGGGCAGGGAGGAGGAAGAGGAGGUGCAGGUGCUGCUCCUCUCCACCCUCGCCUCUUGCUCUAGACUGGACCCUCUGCCGACUCUGGCCUCUGACGGUGUCUCUCUACUGCGGCACAAACUCUCCCACCAAUCUCCCAACAUCCGCAGGGAGGCAGCGGCGGCCAUGAUGGCGCUCAGGUUGGUCUAUUUAUUACAGCAAGACUCAGUGGAGGGGUUAAGGGUUAAAUAUAUACAGCAACAGGACAAAUUCAGAUACUCUUAGUGCUAAAACUUAUGCAGUUCAACAAAUUGAAUGUACUGAUCAGAACUUGAUGAGUGUGAAACCUCAAUACAGUUCAUUACCGCAUCCACAAACACAGGUCAAAGCUGGAUUGUGCAAAGAUAACACCAGAUACAAACAGGAUCUAGAAACAUCAAUGCCUUCUCUCAGCCCAGGUCUAUUUAAGUUGAUCAAAAUGUCAGGGUCCAUGUCAUGGGCAUCUUCCAAAUCUGUGAAGGCUCCAUUAAUGCUAAAUCUACAGGUUUUCUGAGCACACAGUCGAUCUGUUUUUGGAGCAACAUCUGCUGCCAUGCAGACAAUGACUUUUUCCUUCAUAUUUCAGGAGGACAAUGACAAACCACAUUCUGCUAAUGUCUUUUAUAAGCUCAGACUUCAGCAGAAAUGUGAGCCAUCUUCAUCUUUAUAUCACAUUUCAUUCAUUACACCAGAGAUUUUACAGCAUUUCUGAAUCAAAAUUUACUAGUAAGGUAUGGCUUUAACAGUUUCUUCUGCUCGAUGAGGUUUUGAUAAUUAUUUGAGAUAUUAACACAAAUAAUUUUCGUGGUAUUUAAUCAUUUUUUCUGAUUGCUCUCUGCUUUUUUCUGUUUUUAUUUUGUUAGUUAGUUUGUUCGUUGUUCUGACGUCUCUUUCCUUAUUUCAGCGUCAGUUCAGAUGGGAAGCAGCAGGUGUGUGAGGGGUUAAUACUCCCAAUCCUUGUGGAGCUGCUGCAAGACAGAAAUGUGGAGGUGCAGGCAAAUGCUGCAGGAGUUAUCAUGUUCAUAGUGAUCAUCACCACUGGUACAAACACACCCCUGAUACCAACAUGUGUGGAGCUCAAACUUUGACUACAGAGAAUGACUGAAUCUUCUCCUGCAGGGAAGCAGCAGUGUCUUGAUCUGGGUGUCAUCCCUGUCCUCCUCGACCUCGUGUCCAAGAGGGAAGUGCUGGAGGAGAAGGAUAAGGAGAGGAGGAGGAGGAGGAAGGCCCUCAUCGUCUACUGCCUGAGAGCUCUGACUUCUCUAGCUGAAGCUCCUGAUGGUCGUAAACUCUUGCUCGAGCAGCUCCCCCUGCUGGUGAGGAGGAGCGAGGCUGCAGAGGAGGACCAGGACAUCAGACAAGCUGCACAGACUGCCGUCAGGGUCAUCACAUGGACUCCCUGA